AUGAAGUUUCUCACCCUCGCCACCACCCUCGCGUCCAUCGCGACCGCCUGCUCCGCGAGCUCCUACACCGCGCUCGCGGACCCCAAGCUCUCCAUCAACGGCAUCCCCUUCAGCACGCGCGCCCACUGGAUGCGCCGCGCAAACGCUGCGCUCUCGGAGCUCUCCACCCCGUGCCCGUUCGCCGCGUUCGCGACCGCGAUCGUGAACCACACCGUCGGCGGCCUCGGCGAGCUCGUCUGCAUCGGCAUCAACUCGGGCGGGACGAUGGGGAACCCCACCAUGCACGGCGAGAUGGCGGCGAUUGCGAACUGCACCGCGGUCAUGACGGACCCGCACGGGCCGUACAACUACACGGCCGCGCAGGCGUCGGCGGCGUUCGCGGACCUCAGCCUGUACACCAACGCCGAGAGCUGCCCCAUGUGCGCGUCCGCGAUCCGUUGGGCGGGCUUCCGCGAGUACAUCUACGGCUCGACCAUCGAGAAGCUCAUCAAGCAGGGCUGGGGCCAGAUCCGGAUCCCGUCGCUCGAGGUGUUCAAGCAGUCGACGGACCUCUCGACCGAGUCGCGGCUCAUGGGGGCCGUGCUCACGAAUGAGACGGAUCCGUUCUUCCUGUGGCAGUACAACCCUGACUACCCUUGCCCUGACGGGUGCGCGCGGACGGAGGCGGGGGACUCGUGCGAGGUGCAUAACCACUGGAUUCGACAUGUACAGUGA